AUGGAGCUCUCCGACGCUUUCCGCAUCGUCAACCUCGUCACUGCGACCAUUAUGGUCCUGGGCGGCAUUGCUCAAUUCUUCAACUUCAGCUUCCAGGGCAUCAUCGUUGGCGUCUACGUCAUCAUCUUCGGCCUUUGCACGGCCCUUCUUGAGUUCCAGAUCCCCCCGCAAGUCUCGCGCUAUGCCUCUUUCCUCUUCUCCUUCCUAGGCCGUGGUGUCUUCUACAUCUUCAUCGGCUCCAUCCUCCUCAGCGAUAACGUACUGCGCAUCAUCGCCGGCUCCAUCGUCGGCAUUAUCGGCGUCUCUUACGUCGUUCUCGAGUUCAUCCCCCAGAUCGAGCCACCCGCCAACAUGCGCGAAGCCGACGCUGGUUGGGGAGCCGAGCAGGUGUAA